AUGCAUGCUUCUGUGAAUUCUGUGUUAGCCUCUCUUAGUGAGAAUGAAUGGCUUCUUGAUUCUGCAUGUUCAUAUCAUAUGACUCCACGUAGGGAAGUUUUUUCUGACUAUGUGCAAAUGAAAAACUGUGGUGUUACUUUAGCUGAUGGCACUAUGAUAGUUGUGAAUGGUAUUGGAACUGUAUGCUUAAAAUUUGUUUCGGGCUCUGUGUUAACCUUGAAAAACGUGAGGCAUGUUCCUACCUUAAGUCAUAAUUUGAUCUCGUGUGCUGUACUUGAAGACGAUGGUUUUCGUGGGGAUUGGGGAGAUGGUUGCAUGAAUAUUAUGAAGGGUAGCCGUUAUUUGUUUAAGGCUUUGAGAAUGGGAAAUAUGUAUGUUUGUUCUGCUGAAUCUUCUGCAUCUAUGAAUGUUGUCCAAAAUGAUUUAUCUGAAUUAUGGCAUAAAGGACUAGGUCACAUGAGUAAUAAAUGGCUUAGUAUAUUGCAUAAAAAUCAGUAUUUUGGAAAUGAUAAAGUGUCUUCUGUGACUCUAUGUGAUUCAUGCAUUUUAGGUAAACAAACGCAUGUUCUUUUUCCUGAAUAUCCUUCUCCCAAUCUAUCUAGAUGCACGGAAAUCCUAGAAUAUAUUCAUGCUGAUGUGUGGGGUCCCACCAGUGUUCCUACAUAUGGUGGGAACCGUUAUUUUCUGUCUAUUAUUGAUGAUUAUUCUCGUAAAGUGUUUGUUUUCCUGUUAAAGCAAAAAUCGGAUGUCUUUGACAAAUUUAAAACCUGGAAAACGUUGAUUGAAAAUCAAACUGGUAAACGGAUAAAAACACUUAGGACAGAUAACGGUAUUGAGUUUUGCAACCUAGAAUUCGAUAAUUUGUGUGCUAACUCUGGAAUUAGAAGGCAUAAAUCUGUUGUGCACACCCCACAACAAAAUGGUGUGGCCGAACGAAUGAAUAGAACCCUUCUCGAAAGAGUAAGGUCUAUGUUAACUAGUUCUGGACUGCCAAAGUUGUUUUGGGGUGAAGCAAUUUUGACUGCUACUUAUUUGAUUAAUCGUUCUCCAUCUAUGCCAUUAAAUGGCGACUUACCUGAAUCUGUGUGGUGUGGUAAGAAAGUAGAUUUGUCAAACUUGCAUGUUUUUGGUUACGCUGCUUUUGUUCACCAUAAAGGUGAUAAACUUGAACCCCGUUUCGUGAAAUGUAUUUUCUUAGGUUACCCCGAUGGGGUUAAGGGGUAUAGGCUUUGGUUGAAAGGGGAUUUUGGUUAUAAAAUCAUAAUUAGUAGGGAUGUUAUUUUUAAUGAAUCUGGAUUUCCUUGUCUUGCUGUCCCUAAUGUGGUUAUUCCUCAAUCUACUCCAAAUGAGGUGGAGCAAUUGCCUAUUAAAUCUGAUGAUGUGAGUGAUUCUGAAUUAUCUGAAAAUCUGCAAGAUCAAACUGUUGAAUUGCCUAACGUGGAUGAUUUGUCUGAUUAUCAACUUGCUAGGGAUAGACCUAGACGUGAGCAUGUUAGGAAACCUAAACACUUUGAUGAUUUUCACCUUGCCUCGCAUGUUUUCAAUGUUUUUGAAUCAUUAGAUGGAAAUGAGCCUAAGUCGUAUAAAGAUGCUUUAAAAUCUGAUAAAUCUACUGAAUGGUUAAAUUCUAUGAAUGAUGAAAUGAACUCGUUGCAUGUUAACCAAACUUGGGAACUUGUGCCUAAACCUGUUAAUUGUUCUGUGGUAGAUUGCAAUUGGCUGUUUAAGGUCAAAAAUGAGGUAGAUUCUAUUAAGUAUAAAGCUAGGCUUGUGGCUAAGGGCUUUACUCAAAAAUAG